UUUAAAAUAUUCAAAUUCAAAUUGGUUGUAACUGAUAUUUGAGAUUUAAUCCACAGUUUUAAAUGACAAAUAAAGUUAAAAUAGAUUAACAUUGUACAACGAAAGUACGCCAAAUGUUUGUAAUUAUAUUCAAUUAGAAUCUCGCUGAAAAUAAUAAUGAGUGGUGUCUUAUGAUAUAAUUUAGUGAAAAGCGCAACGAUUGUUAUUUGUAUUUAAAAAUGAUAUUUUUUUAAUAACAUGUAGAACCUCCGAAGUGAUUGAUUUUACUCCCAAAGAAUAAUAAUUUAUGAUCUACUUCUAAGGAAGAACAAUGUCUUGCAGCAAUUUAAAUGUAGAUGAUAAAUCAACAUGUCACACAAUUUUGGAAAAAAUCAAUGCAAACAAUCCAGAUCCUACAAACAAGUUGCCUGAUAUUCAUGAUUUUACAAUUAUCAAACCCAUUAGUAGAGGUGCUUUUGGAAAAGUGUUUCUGGCUCAGAAAAAACACAAUCCAGAACAGCUUUAUGCUAUUAAAGUCAUGAAGAAAUCAGAUAUGAUAAACAAGAAUAUGGUAACACAGGUUGUUACAGAGAGAAAUGCUUUGGCACUAUCCCGGAGUCCAUUUUGUGUACAUUUAUUUUAUUCAUUACAGUCUAUCUCAUCUGUUUAUUUAGUGAUGGAAUACAUGGUGGGCGGGGAUAUGAAGUCAUUGUUAAAUGUAUAUGGCUUUUUAGAAGAGCCAAUGGCCAUAUUCUAUGUGGCGGAAGUCACAUUAGCCUUAGAUUACCUGCACAAACAUAAUAUAAUCCAUAGAGACUUAAAGCCAGACAAUAUGUUAAUCUCAAAAACAGGCCAUGUAAAAUUAACUGAUUUUGGAUUAUCAAAAAUUGAAAUACACAGAGAUCUAGAGAUAUCUGAUUUUGUGAAUCGAACACCAAGCCUUAACAUGCGCACUCCAGGACAAUUACUAUCACUUACGUCUCAUCUUUCAUUUGGCUCUGGAGGUGGUGACAGCACACAGACAUCAGUGGUUGAAGCCUGUGAGAACCUUCUUGAUGAACUUAGAGAAACUACUAAACAAAAGGGAAUAUUUGAUGGAGAUGCACUAACUACCCCAUUGAUGGAACACUCACAACUGUCAGGAAUACAUCCCUUUUUAAGUGCUGAAAGCAUCAAUUUAGAUGAUAUUGUUUUGCAAGAUUCUGGGUCAGAAUCUUUGAGUUCUUAUCAUACAUGUGAGAGUUCCAAAAACAGUUCAAACUCCAGGAGCCAACAGUCAACAGAUAUCAGCAGUGCAAAUGGUUCCUCAUUAGAGUCUGCUCUUACUGAUUCUCAACAUGACCAAUCAACAUCACCUCUUUGUAGAGGACAUUCCUUGAAACGAAUUCCUAGUUUCCGGGCGAAAAAAAGAAAAAGGAUAUUGGACUGUGAUGGAGACACACCCACUGGAGUCACCAGUCUGUUGGAGUCGAAAGAGAAUCACAGUGGUCUUACCCAAGAAAUUAUGGCUUUGGAAUUGGAAGUCACACAAAACACGCCCAAAAGAAUUUCUAUACACCCCACACCUGAGAGGCGAAAGAAUCCUAUAAAAGGAGUGUUAAAAAAGAGAUGGGUAUCACAAAACGACAGUCACCAUUUUAAUGUAGGUGUAAUAUUCUCAACACCAGUAUCAAAUAGCAAAUCACCCAACAUGAAGAAAAGGCAAAAAGCAACCCGAUUUAAUUUACCCAUUGAAGAACCUGUGUCAGGCACCAAAGAGAAAUCUAUUACAUUUGGAAAGCAUAUUUCAACUAGUUUAGAAAUUUUUCCAACUAGAAGGUUAAGUAAGGGUGAGGGCAGUAAAUCGCCUACAGAGUUAUGUAAAACACCGUCAGCCGCUCAAACGCCGUAUCGAACUCCUAAAAGUGUACGACGUGGAAACCAAAUAUCGGAUCAACGUAUCUUAGGCACUCCUGAUUACCUCGCGCCUGAGCUAUUACUCAGGCAAGGCCAUGGUCCCCAAGUCGACUGGUGGGCUUUAGGAGUGUGCCUCUAUGAAUUCAUGACUGGUAUUCCACCAUUUAAUGAUGAAACUCCACAAGCAGUGUUCAAUAAUAUUUUAACUCGAAACAUAGAAUGGCCAGAAGAUGAUGAAGCUCUGUCGCCAGAAGCGGUGAGUGCAAUAGAAUCGCUGCUCACUAUGGAGCCGAGCGCGAGGCCGGCCGCCGCCGAGGUUCGGCUGAUGCCGCUGUUCAGACACGUGGACUGGGAUAACCAGCUCAAUGCGGAGCCGCCGUUUGUACCAACCCCCGAUGAUAUACACGAUACUGGAUACUUUCAAGCUCGAAAUAUACUGCAACAGCUGCAAGUGUCCAACUUUGAUAUAUAAAAAGUAGUCAAUUUAUAAUAGUUUUUUUGAAUAGCUUAAAUAUUGUACCGCAGUAUAUUAAAUCAAUUGUAUUCGAAUUUCUAGCUUUUACAGUCAUGUAUUGCAUGUUUUAUGAAGACUGAUUAUUUAGAAAUGUACCUGUGUAUAUUGUAGUAUCCAAGGUAACGAUGUAAUUAUGUGUAUUGUCUUAUUUAAUUGUGUUGUAAAGGUCAUGUUAUAAUAUGUAAUAAAAUUAAAAUAAAGAA